AUGCUCCUCUUCCCCAUCCUCCUCGCCCAACAUGCCCUCGCCCAGACAGUCGUCAACGACCAACCCCCAGCCAAUGACUCAGCCACCGAGCCAUACUGGCCCCGAUACCCAGACGGGACGAGCGAGGCCGACUUUAUGAUGAACACCAACUCGAGCGAUGCAGAUCUGAGUGGUGAAUCGCGCAUCGCGCGGUGGAUUGUGACAGCCAGCAACGCCUUCCGCGCCCAAUUCGGGUGUCAACCUGUCACCUGGAACGAAACGGCAGCUCGCAUUGCGCAGGACCACGUGAACACAUGUCUAUGGGAACAUUGGGGAAGCGAUAACCUUGCGCAGCUCUCCUUCUCCGACGAGGGGGGCCGCUUUGACGUUAACCCGAUGAUCGAGAUGUGGGCGGAGGAGUGGGACUACUACCCAUUUCGCCACCCUGAAGCCCAGGCAGCCUCACACUUCUCGGCCAUGAUCUGGAACGCGUCCAACACCCUCGGGUGCGCUUGGAACGUCAAUUGCGCCAACACGACCGACUUUCCUAGCAUGACGUACUUUGUGUGCAACUACUGGCCGGUAGGUAACAUGGCGACGCAGCCGCCUGGCGAGUUGUACGCUAUCAACGUCCCGAACUGGACCAAGUGGACGCCUGAGCAGGUGCCGGACGUCCCGUACACGGCCGCGCCGUCGUUGCCGGUCAGAACUGCGACCAUCACAGGGUCGGGUGUCGCGCCAUCUGUACGACAAAGUGCGGCAGGACAGGGAAACGGUGAGACAGCCCUCAACAGCGCUGGCUGCACUCGGUUCUCAAUCUGGGUCCUCCUUACUGCUCUCGCAGUUGCGGCUAGCUGCUAA